UCCGGUUCCGGUCCGGUCCGGUCCGGUUGGUAUUUUCGGCUCAGAUGUAUCGGUCUCCGGUCAGACAUCAACGGAGUCCCGGAGCCCCGCGGCCACCUGGAAGGUUCCCUUCCCCGGCUCAAGGCUGGUCUUUCCCCGGGACUCGGGCCCAGCCUCCCUGCUCUCCGGGUUCUAACCGAGGGUUCGAGGGCCAGAACUGGGACCAGGGUUUCGGCUUCCGGCGGCCUCAGUCCUUCAGUCCGAACCCGCAGUCCAGAACUUCUGAGGUUCCUGUGGAGAAAUAUUUCAGCCCUUCCAUGCUGGAGGACCCCUGGAGAUCUCUGCAGCCCCUCUCUGCUGCCAGGAGGACCCCAUGACCCGAUGAUUGACAGCUGGUCACAAACAUUUUAAUAAAAACCCUUUUUACUCUGAA